UCACGCGAGAAAACGCGAGAUCCGUGCAGCCUGUUGUCAGCGGAAAGGCGGAAACCAGAUCCUCGGGGCCGGGGCGUCAGGAACGGACGCUUGUUUUCUGCUCUUACACCCCAAACAAACGCCGUUUAACCGUCCUCUCAACUCCACUUCACCCAACAGACGCGCACAAGAUAGAGACACAGUGAACCAUGGCAGGACUGAUAAAGUUUGGGUUGGGGGAGGACCUGGAGAAGUACAGGGACAUCGAUGAAGAUGCCAUCCUGUCCUCCAUGACAGAGGAAGAGUUGGAGGCACUGAAUGCAGAACUCGACCCUGAUAAUGACUUGUUGCCAGUUGGCUUGAGACAACAUGACCAGACUAAGAAGUCACCGACGGGGCGGUUUGACCGCGAGCAUCUCCUGAAGUACCUGGAGAAGUCGGCACGCGAGCACAAGGAUCGCGAGGAUCUGAUUCCAUUUACUGGAGAAAAGAAGGGAAAAGCGUAUGUAAAGAAGGAAGUGAAAGAUGAGGAUGAGGGAGAUGAACCAAUCCUGGACCCAGAGUUGGAGGAGGCACUGAAGGAAGCAACGGAUGGAGAAUUGUGUGACUUGGCUGCCAUUCUUGGGAUGCACACGCUGAUGUCCAACGACCAGUAUUACGCCUCUCUCGCUUCGGGAGAAAUCGCCAACAAGGAAGGCUUCCGCUCGGUUGUGAAGUGCACAGCAUACCCCCAGGUGCAGUCGGAGCCGCCCAACACCACAGACCCGCACGAGAGCCUGGCCAAGCUGCAGGACAAUGACUCGGAUCUCACCGACCUCAACCUCAACAACAUCAAGAACAUCGCCAUCCCGACCCUGGGAGACAUCUGCAGCUCCCUGGCCAACAACACCAACCUGAAGUACCUCAGUAUGGCGUCCACACGCAGUAACGACAAAGUCGCUCAGGCUCUAGCAGACGGACUGAAGGAGAACACCACUCUUGAGAGACUCAACAUCGAGUCCAACUUUAUCUCUGGCGACGGAAUGAAGCUAAUUAUGGAGGCAGUGGUGAACCACCCAACUCUGACAGAAAUUAGAAUAGCAAACCAGCGGCACUCUCUGGGAAACUCGUGUGAGAUGGCGAUCGCUGACAUGCUGAGAAAGAACAGGGUGGUGCUGAAGUUCGGCUACAGCUUCGAGGUCCCGGGGCCGCGAGACUCCGCCGAUCACUCCCUCACUCGCAACAACGACCUGGUCCGCCGUCGUCGCUUGGGCCUUCCAACAGAGGAUUUGGAGGAGGAGGAGGAUCAGGAGUAAGCGGUGUCAGCUGACAGCGACCGUUCCCGUUUCACGGGCGAACGCGGCGGGGACUAGCUUGUGUGGGUGUAGCAGCGAUAUAAAGCUUGUGUUUGUGUCCCGCAACAAAGUGUGAAACCUACGCAAACGAUGCAAGCAUAAACUCAUCUCUCGCACUACCGACCACCCCUGUUUCUAGCAAUGGACCUGUCCUGGUGCAGUUGAAAACAACAUCAUCACAGGAAUGUCUCAUUGAGAAACAGGGGUGAUCUGUAUCGACGUAGACAGUUUGAAAACUUAGGAAGAUUAGAUAAAGAACAGAUCAUGAUAAUGCAAGUCUUGGCAAAAAGGUACAAGAAAAGCAGAUUUUAGAACAAUUCAGCAAGUUUUCUUGGAACAAUCUUAAGAAAAUCAGUGAAGAUUUGAGACACAUAGUUAAGACUAACUAUUAUGUAACGUGAAUUGUAGCACUAGUUAAGAAGCAGCUAUGAAAAGCAAAAGACAUUAGCUAUGGCAAAUUUGUAAGUUAGCUAUGAGAUUAGGAAUGAAGCACCUCAUAUACAUGUACAUGUACAUGACUGUAAGCACCUUUAUCCCAUGUAUGUCUUAACGUCAAGAAGUGGACAUCUUUGUGUUUUUACAAAGGUAUAACAGCCAUCUUUACAUUUGGUACAACUGUUACUGUUAUCUGGUUUUGGUACCUUCAAGUCAGUGUCCAUACUGACUUUUUCUAGAAAAUAGGGUCUGGUUUUCUGAAAUCUAGAAAAUGCAAGAGUGUACAAUGUAGGUAGUGACUGGUUGGGUAUAGGGCAUACUUCAACAUUGUCCUUUCUUGGAUGAAAUCUUGGAAAAGGAAAAAAAACAGAACUUCUUUUAACUCUGUGCCAAUUGGGUCUUCAUCUGUGGUGUUUUUAAUCUUGUGAGACAAGGGAUUCAUUUAUCUAAUCUCACAGAUCAGUCUUUAUAUAGGUACGUGUAGUUCUGGGCAGUGCAAAAUUUGAUAGUGGCCUUUUUGUGUCCUGUCUUUGUGAUGUAAAAUAAAUAGUAUGUUGUCAAAAUAUUGUCCGCUUUUAUAUGUUGUACCUCUGAUUAUCAAAAAGUCAUAUCAAGUAUCUCAAGUUUAUGUACUAACAAUUAUGAUGUAUUGAAUGUUUAAAAUCAGUUUUUGUUCAUAACUGGUGUCGGUGUUACGCCCCCCUCCCCCAUUAUGUUUUACCUCCAUUUUAUGUACCCAUGUAAAAAUUGGAAUCCUAAAUAUCUGUACAGAACAUGUUAAUUGUAUGUUUUCCAUGUGUUACUCGCUUUGCAAACAUCUGGUAUGUCGGUCUUAACAUUGCAUGACAUUGCAAAAUUAACCUUCAGCCUGCUAAGGUAGCCGUUUGGCGCCAGACUUGUGUUAUGGGGUUAGGCAGCAGGGAGAAGGUUAAUAUUGGGGUACAAUUUUACACAGUUUCUGUUGCAUGACUUUAAAACAUGUUAGAAUCUGUAGACUUUUUUCUGUGACAGCUUCAAAUU